GGAUAUCAUUCAAGCACAGCAAAUGUUGAGGUCCGUUGCUUACUACUCCAUUCUGGUGCCAAACACUAUCCUGAUAUACGACCAUAUGGCGACCCUCACAGAAGAAAUUUCUUGUAUUUGGCGUCAUCCGAAGGCGUUAUCUGCAGUGUUGUUUCUGCUCAAUCGCUAUGUCGCUCUGCUGGGAAAUGUCUCUGGCGUGAUCGGGGAAUUCCUACCUGUCUCAGUUGAGAGGUUCCAUUCUGGUUCUCGAAGAUCUGUUCUUUUGCUUAACAAAGACUUAGCUGUCCGACAUACAUGCUAUCAAGACAAGUGCUCGUUUUUUUACAAAUACUUAUCGUUUGCGUCAUAUUGGCUCUUCGCACUUAUGCUCUCUACGGCCGUAAUAAACGCAUGCUUGCUUUUUUGGUAAUUGUUAUCCUUGCCUUCACGGGAGU